GUCAGUUGCGCGCGCGCAUCGAAUUCAGUGCCAUCGAUUUAAUUAAGACAUUACGUGUUAGCGAUACGUGAGUUGUGAAUAAGUGAUAAAUAAUUUUAAAAAUAAAAUAAAAAAAAUGGAGCCGCUUCAAGUGGAUGUUGUCCAUUUCUAUCCAAGGGAGAACGCACAACCACAUAAUACUGUCAAAUUUGAGGCAGUAAACGAUGAAAGCCCCACGAGCACAAUUGUGCGGAGAGGUCAACCCUUUAAUGGAGUCAUCAGAUUCACGAGACCCUAUGAUGAAAACGACGAUCUUAUUCAAUUCGUUUUUACUCUUGGUGACAAACCACUUCAUGAUACUAUGGGAUCCAUGUUCUUGAAACGUGACGCUGUUCCAGACAAAUACACAUGGACCGCUAAGUUACUGGACGUUCAGGAAAACACUCUAUCUUUUGAGAUAUCAACACCAGUAACAUUACCAAUUGGUUCCUGGGCAUUACGAGUUGUCACUAGAAUGAAGAGCGCACCCGUCCGGGAGAUUUAUGACUUUGACCAGGACUUAUACAUACUUUUCAACCCAUGGAUACCAGAUGACCAAACUUUCAUGGAAGAUACCGCUCUUCUUCAGGAGUACGUCUUAAAUGACGUAGGCAAAGUCUGGGUUGGUCCCAUUAAGACCACACGUGGCAAGCCAUGGUUAUACGGCCAAUUCGAUGCUGUGGUUUUGCCGGCAUGUAUGUUUAUGCUUGACAGAGCGGAGAUGCCGUUCCACCAACGCGGCGAUCCAGUUAAGGUGGCUCGAGUUAUAUCCCGUAUUGUUAAUUCGAACGAUGAUGCUGGAGUCCUUGUGGGACGUUGGGAUGGCCAGUAUGAAGAUGGAACAGCUCCGUCUGAGUGGACUGGCUCUGUUGAUAUAUUGGCCCAGUACUUGGAAACUCAACAGGAAGUGCCGUAUGGACAGUGCUGGGUGUUCGCUGGCGUUGUUACCACAGUCUGCCGUGCCCUUGGAAUCCCGUCCCGCGUGGUCUCCAACUUGGUGUCAGCUCACGACGCGAACAGCUCCCUCACUGUAGAUAAAUACUACACGGAGACUAUGGAAGAGUUGGACUAUGACCCUAAUAACCCACAAGGAGCGGAUUCAAUCUGGAACUACCACGUAUGGAAUGACGUAUGGAUGGCGAGACCUGAUCUUCCUCCAGGUUACGGCGGCUGGCAGGCCGUAGAUGCAACUCCACAAGAAACUUCUUCUGGCAUGUACCAGUGCGGUCCAGCACCAUUGGAAGCUAUCAAGCAAGGAGUUAUCGGUGUGGCCCAUGAUGUCGAGUUUAUGCUUGCUUCAGUCAAUGCUGACCUAAUGAGGUGGAGACGAGACCCAGAGGCGGAAAGCGGCUUCUCAAUGGUCGAUACAAAUAACUAUCACAUUGGUCGAAUGGUUUUAACAAAGAAGCCAUACGUGUUCGACCCUCUUGGUGAUGCUGAUAGACAAGACAUCACAGGUGAAUACAAACAUAGAGAAGGUACAGCCAGCGAGCGAUUGGCGCUUAUGAAUGGAGUAAGAUACUCUGAGAGGGCUAAGAGGUACUAUGCUGUGGCAGCAAGUCUUUCCAAUGACAUCGUCUUUAAACUAAGAGACAUAGAUACAGUGCCCAUCGGACAAGCUUUCAGAGUUACAAUUGAUAUUGAAAAUACUUCUGAAACUGAGGGUCGCAAUAUAAAGGCUGCGCUAACAGCAAGCAGUGUGUACUACAACGGUGUCAAGUCUGAUGUAGUCAAGAAGGUCGAAGGAAAGCUUUUCGUUGGACCGGGCAAAAACGAGCAAGUGAGCAUCUUGGUCCAGGCUGAGGACUAUUUGCCGAAAUUGGUUGAAUACUGUAACAUGAAGAUAUCGGCCAUGGCCAUCGUAGACGAGACCAAACAGUCCUGGGCUGAUGAUGACGACUUCCAAAUCCUCAAACCCAAUAUCAACAUAAAAUUCAACGAAGACCUUAUUAUCAACCAGCCAACAACGAUAGUGCUGUCGUUUGUCAAUCCCCUGGACCGACCUUUAACGGGUGGUGAGUUCCGUUUGACGUCAUCAGGCAUCGCAGGUCGGACCUUCAGAGUCAACGCAGCUGACGUACAACCUAAAGAAACAUUGACAACCGAAUUGCCUGUACAACCUAAUAAACUUGGAAAAAUAAACUUCGUCGCUACAUUCAAAUCGACAGAGCUUAAGGACAUCAAUGGAGCGGCAACAGGAGAGGUGUAUGAAGGAUGAAUUAUUAUAUAAAGAUUCUUUUAACUUGAAAUAUAUAAAAACGUUACUAUUAAUAUUUUUACGCUAUAAGUAUUUACAUAAUGUAGAUUAUGCUUUAUAUAUCUGUCACAAAAUUUCGAUUAUUUUAACUAAUUAGCGGUUAACUAUCUACGCUGGUUUCACACAACGUCAAUUGUCAAUUUGACAUGUGUAACCUUGUGAUUGUAUAUCACGUGGCGCGCAAAUUCUAAAUUUGAAUUAUUCAGAAUGUCUUUAACCGUUUUGAAUCGACAGAUAAGGUAAAUAACAUUGUAAGUGCAUACUUGAAACCUUAAAUAGGCAAUGAAUGUGUCAUAAUUAUUUUUAACUUUAUAUAAACUUAAAAGUAUAGUAAUACCGCGAAUUCUGUACUCUUUUUCAAGUCCUGGAAUUAUAUACAAAUGAAAGAUAUUUAAAAUAUACUCAUAGAAUAAGUAUGAUGCCAUUGAAUGGCGAUAUGGUAGCUUUAUUUUUCUACUCUUUUAUAAAUAAAACAAUAUUUAU